AUGCAAAAGGGACAUGCCGGCCCAAUCACUGAUAAUAAUACUCUCACCACAAGGAGUGACAAUAGCAAUGGCGGCAGCAUGAAAGAAUCCAAAAGCUUUCGAAGCAACUUUGUGCUACAUCUUGGUAUCUUGCUGAUGCUGGGUGCCAUGGCAUUUGCCGCCGGGGUGCGACGAUCAUCUCCUAUGCAAGCUGAUGUGAAGCCAAAAGAAGUAGUGUUUGACGACAAGACAUCAUUUAUUGCCCCCAAAGUCAGGAUAUCACAGAAUCGGACCAGAAAUAGAAGUAAUCCUCACGGAUAUCCCGGAAGUUUGGUUAUUAGGGAGCGAUUGGAAAAACGCAAACAGGAAGAAGCAAGGAAAGCAAAGAAACCACAUAGACAACAUCCAGAGGCCACAGGAGACGUACCAAGUUCCAUGAACGAACAACUGAAGGUUCCCUACCCAAUAUUUGUUCUGAACCUACCCAAAUCCGGUACUACCACCCUGUGGCAAUACUUUGAAUGUGGCUUGGGUCCAAACAGGGCUGUUCAUUGGUGGACCACUCAAAAAGGAAAACAGAUUGGACCGUGUGUAGAGCACAAUAUCAAACAAAACAAGCCACCCGUGCAAAACUGUGGCACUUUUGAUGUGUGGAUUGACUUUGGGUACGCCGGGCCAGACAAGUGUUUCUUCCCAGCUGUACAUGCAUUGGAAGCACUCUAUAAGAGCUAUCCUGAUGCCACCUUUUUGUUAGUACGACGGGACACGGAAUCUUGGUACCAAAGUGCCAAAAAAUGGGGAAAGAUGUUUGAAAAGUGGAAAACUGCCUGCCGAAAGGAUUUCUUUCCCAAUCUUGCUGCGACCCAACCCGUUCACACGGAAGACUUUAGGACCUUCUACGAGACAACGACGUUACGGAUACGGCAAUUUGCAAAAGAGAAUCCUGGCAUGCGAUAUCUAGAACCAAACAUGACCUUGUCCUCACCAGCAUUGGGUGGAUGGUUAGAAGAGAACAUUGGCAUUGAAGCAUCCUGUUGGGGAAAGUGUAAACCGAACGGACACAAAGCCAGAUGUGAAGGGAGAUUUCGGUAG